UUAAAUCCAACAAGUAGCAACUCGCAAGCUCGCAUAUAGCUACACUGGAAUAGAGUAUAGACGUCGGCAGCCCCGCACCGCCGGACGCUCGCAUAUAGACUGCGUUGCGCCUUCUCCCGUUCGCCAGUCUGCCCACGCCAAAAGCUAGUCCUGCAGUCCGCCGCCGCCGCUUGCUAGUCGGCCCACUGGCUCCAUCCCUGGGUUAGUCUUUAUUGUAAUUGGCUAAACAAACAAGUAUUAUGGUGAGAUAUUGCGUAUAAAUAGACAUUAAGUUGAAUUAAGCAAUUCUUUUUGGAAAUGUGUAAGUAAAUUCUGUUUCUGAGCAGAAAGAUGGGGGCUUUCCUGGAUAUCUUCAAACGUUCCAGUUAAAAAGUCUGGAAUGCGAGGCGGAAAAUACGACCUUGAGCUCCAUCUACCAGAGAAACUCUCCCCGAAAGCUCUCUUAAAACUUUUAAAAUGCGAGAAGAACCCAAGCUCGGCACUCUCCCUGUUUGAUAUUGCGAGUCAGCAUCCCGGGUAUGCACAUGAUGAGGCUGUCUUUCAGUACAUCCUCCGUCGCCUCUCCACCGACCGAAGAUUUGCCCCACACCUUUCUCGGAUCACUGAGAUGAUUCGGGCUCAGAAAUGCCGGUGUUCAGAGGAUUUAGCGCUUGCUGCUAUCAAAGCAUACUCCAAAAACUUCAUGGUUGAUAAAGCGAUAGAGGUUUUUCAAAAUAUGAAGGAGCAUUUCGGCUGUCUACCCGGAGUCAGGUCUUACAACAGUAUGCUCAAUGCAUUCGUGCUUUCGAACCAAUUGGAUAAAGCAACACUGUUUUUCAAACACUUUGAGGCAAUGCCCGUUUCUCCCAACACUGAAACUUACAAUAUCUUAAUUACGAUUGCGUGUAAAAGGCGGAAACUUCGCCAGGCAAAAGAGCUUCUGAAUUUGAUGUGGGAUAGGAAUUUGAACCCUGAUGUGUACAGUUAUGGAACAUUGAUCAAUGGACUUGCCAAGAAUGGCGAUCUGAAUGAGGCAUCGGAAGUGUUUGAUGAAAUGUUUGACAGAGGAGUGAUACCAGAUGUGAUGUGCUACAAUAUUUUAAUGGAUGGGCAUUUUAAAAAGAGUGACUCCACAGCUGCUAAGCAGAUAUGGGACAGGUUAAUACAUAGUGAGUUAGCUUAUCCAAAUGCAGUUAGUUAUAAUGUGAUGAUCAGCGGCCUAUCUAGAUGUGGGAAAUUCAGCGAGGCAUUGGAAAUAUGGAACCGGAUGAAGAUAAAUGAGGUAAAAAUGGAUGUCUAUACAUACAGCUCAUUAAUUCACGGGUUGUGUGAGUCAGGGGAUAUCAAUGGCGCCGAGAGGCUCUAUAAGGAGAUGACUGAGAGUGGGGUAUUACCAGAUGUUGUCAUUUAUAAUGCAUUGCUUGAUGGGUACUUCAAGUUUAAGAAUAUUCACUCUUGUUUUGAUCUAUGGGAGUUAAUGGGGAAUCAAGAUUGUCGAAAUGUUUGUAGUUUUAAUAUAUUCAUGAGAGGUUUGUUUGAGAAGGGAAUGGUGGAAGAAGCCAUUUCUGUUUUGGUCCUCUUACAUGAGAAUGGCUAUGCUGCUGACCAAACGACAUAUGGGAUUUUGGUUCACGGGGUUUGCAAAAAUUUAAAUGUAAGCAUGGGUCUAAAGGUGCUAAAGAAAGCAGAGGAGGGUAAAGGAGAGCCAGAUUCUUAUAUUUAUUCUUCUAUCAUUAAAGGGUUGUGCAGUGAAGGAAGAUCAUGUGAAGCAGCUAACAUAAUUGAUCAGAUGGGAAAGAGUGGGCGGAAAGUAAACCCAUCUAUUUCAAAUGCACUACUUAGUGGCUUUAUCCAAGGUAAUAAGAUUGGUGACGCAUUGAAGUUUUUUGAUGAGCUAGGAAAUGGUAAAAACUUCUUAAUAAAUGUAGUAACCUACAACAUCCUUGUUGAUGGUUUAUGCAAAGCUGAAAGAUUUGAUGAGGCCUAUGACACUGUCAAGGAUAUGCUUCACAAAGGGUGGAAGCCUGACGUCAUCACAUAUAGCUUAUUAAUCAACGGUCUAUGCAAAUCUGGAAAGUUAGACACGGGGAUGAACUUGUGGGGUCUUGUUCUGAAAACAGAGGGUAUUAAGCCCGAUACAACUAUGGCUAAUAUUAUGAUUCACGGUCUUUGUUCUUGUGGAAAACUUGAACAAGCAUUGCAUAUGUAUCUGAAGAUGCAACAGUGGGGUUGUGUACCUAAUCUAGUCACACUCAACACUCUCAUGGAGGGAUUUUACAAAGUUAGGGACAGGCGAAAUGCCAUUGUGAUUUGGGCCAGAAUUUUCAGAGGCGGGUUUCUGCCCGAUAUUAUUUCUUACAAUAUUGCUCUUAAAGGGAUUUCUUUUUGCAAUCGGAUAUCUGAUGCCAGAUUGUUCUUGAAUGAUGCUCUGAGUAGGAAGGUGUGCCCCACUGUGAUUACAUGGCACAUACUUGUCAGAGCUGUCAUUUAUAAUGGAAUUCACUGUGAUAAUGUGGAUUUGUCUUCCAGGCCAAAAACUCACAAUAUCGAGAAGAUAUGAUAGCUGGACCACGAUCUUCUCCCCAGAAGGCUGUCUAUACCAGGUUGAAUAUGCAAUAGAGGCAAUUGGAAAUGCUGGAAGGCCAUAGGCAUACUGUCCAAAGACGGAGUUGUUUUGGUCGGCGAAAAAAGGUCACUUCCAAGCUUCUCCAGACCUCGACUUCCACAGAGAAGAUGUACAAGAUCGACGACCACCUGGCCUGUGCAGUCGUUGGAAUAAUGUCAGACGCCAACAUCCUCAUCAACACAGCCAGGGUCCAGGCCCAGCGUUACACUAUGUCUUACCAAAAACCCAUGCCUGUCGAACAGCUGAUCCAGUCGCUCUGCGAUACCAAACAGGGUUACACCUAGUUUGGUGGUCUCUCUCCGUUCGGGGUUUCCUUUUUGUUUGCGGGCUGGGAUAAAAACUACGGCUUCCAAUUGUAUGAGUGAUCCAAGUGGGAACUAUGGGGGCUGGAAGGCGGCUGCGAUUGGGGCAAACAACCAGGCAGCACAGUCGAUGUUGAAGCAGGACUAUAAGGAUGAGAUCACGAGGGAUGAGGCUGUUCAGCUUGCUCUUAAGGUGCAUAGCAAGACGAUGGAUAGCACUAGUCUUACCUCUGAGAAGCUUGAGUUGUCUGAGGUUUUCCUUUGUAAAGGUAAGGUUAAGUACAUGGUUCACUCACUGGAGUCGCUCGAUAAAUUGCUGGUCUAAGUACAUGGCUUGACCCAACCCACUCCUGAGACCUAAUUAACGCUCUUCUUGCUUGCUUGCUGUGUAUGACUUCUUGAAUCAGUUCCCUCUUUAUUUAUAUUUCCAGACCAAACUUGUGUGUUUUUUAGAAGUAACUUCAUAACUGCUGUUCGUUUACCAUUGGCAUCUUGCCUCAUCAUAUGUGGGAUUGUUGAUUCAAUCAGUAUUGCUGCUUUAUUUAAUCGGACGGCUGCUCUGUAGUACAUGCCAGAUCAUGAAGUUCAACGUCUCUGAUGUUUU